AACUCAACCCGAUUCAUUCUUAUUUGUUGAUGUAGAUUCAAUCCGUUUCAUAAAAAUUGUCACUCACGCUAUACGCUCCCAACAAUUGUCAAGGUCGACCGGUGUAUACAUUCAGAUGCACAGGUAGCUCAACCACGAGCUAGAAUAACCGCAGCCAUAAAUACAAGGUUACUAUCUGGUCAUAGGUAGCACUCCAAGUUGUCCUUCCGACCGGUGAAGUUCAUUUUUUCGGUUCGUCCUCCUCCUCACAAAAUUUGAGCGAUGGUUCCACACCCUCACAAAGUCGGGGAACUUGCCUACGAGAAGCCAGGACCUGGCUACAACACCCCUGCCGACGCCGUCAAGUACGGAAAACGGGAACAUAUCCUGUACAUCCCGUGCAUCUCGAUCCUUCCCGUGAAAUCGGAUUAUGUCAGCGUGGUCGAUGUCAAGCCGGGAAGCGAGACUUUCUCCAAGGUCAUCAGCAGGAUGCAACUUCCCCUCCAUCGGGAGAAGGAUGAGCUGCACCACUCCGGCUGGAACGCUUGUUCCAGUUGCUGCAACCCGUGUGCAAAAAGGGACAAGUUGAUCUUCCCCUGUUUGAACAGCGACCGGAUUUAUGUCGUCGACGUGAGCGAGGAGACAAAUCCGACUUUGCAUAAGAUCAUUGAGCCCAAGGAGCUCCACGACCUUGGACUUUCCGCCCCACACACGAGCCAUUGUUUGCCCAAUGGAGAAAUCAUGAUUUCCACGAUGGGUGACGCCGAGGGGAAUGCAAAGGGACAGUUUCUCAUCUUGGAUGGGGAUAAAGACUUCAAAGUGAAGGGAACAUGGAGUGAGACGGACACUCCGUACGGAUACGAUUUCUGGUACCAGCCGAAGUUUGACGUUAUGAUUUCCAGCGAGUGGGGAGCCCCCAAAGCGUUUAAGACUGGCCUGGAUCCAGCCGCAGUUCCAGAGAGUUACGGUCACUCGCUCAACGUCUGGUCCUGGAGUGAGAAGAGGUUGUUGGAUAAAAUCGAUCUGGGAACGACCGACGGUUGGAUGCCGCUCGAAACGCGAUUCCUCCACAAUCCAAACAAACCCCAAGGUUUUGUGGGGUGUGCUCUCUCCUCCAACAUUUUCCGAUUCUAUCAAGACUGCGAGACCAAGAAGUGGGUGGCUGAAAAGGUCAUUUCCGUCGCAACCAAGAAGGUUGAAAACUGGUGGGUAGGACUGACCGACAUGCCUGGAGUAAUCACGGAUAUCAUCAUAUCCAUGGACGAUAAGUAUCUCUACUUUAGCAACUGGGUGCAUGGGGAUGUGCGGCAGUACGACAUCUCUGACCCUGCGGCACCUCGCUUGACUGGACAGCUCUUUGUGGGUGGAUCCAUCGUCAAGAGUGGCCUAGUGAAAGUUGUGAAUGACCCAGAACUCGAUGAGCAACCGGAAGGGCUUGUCGUGAAGGACACGGCGAUUCAGGGUGGACCUCAAAUGUUGCAGUUGAGCUUGGACGGGAAACGACUUUACUUGACGACAUCCCUCUUCACUCCGUGGGACAAGCAGUUCUAUCCAGAGUUGCAAAAGAAAGGAGCUUGUCUUCUCCAAAUUGACGUUGACGUGGAAAACGGAGGAAUGAAAAUCAAUCCCGACUUCUUAGUCGACUUUGGCAAGGAACCUGAUGGUCCAGUUUUGGCUCAUGAGAUUCGAUACCCAGGCGGCGACUGUACUUCAGACAUCUACCUGCCCUGCGAAGACGCGUAAUCUAUGUUCAUUGACGGUGUGAACUUUGCCAAAAAAUACUUGAUAUAUCAAAAUUUGUUUAAAAUACGUGGAAAUUGAUCCAACAUACUAUUCAGCACAGUUGUAAAUGAUUAUCAUGUAUCGCUAAAUCUGUCAUAUACAUCAGAGUAAUACUUUCUAGUGUAGCAUUCAUUCUUAAUCAGAAUAAUAUACUUUAGUUAUGUUGAGCAUAAUAAAAAACUCUGUAACUUAA